AAGUCAGCUGCUCAAUCACUCACUCUGUCAUCGAGUCAUCCAGUCUGAUCCGUCUGUUUCCGCGAAGCUCUGGAGACCAACAGCGGGGCCGAGGUUGAGACCAGGAGCAGCGGCGUGAGAUCUUUAUAUUGCUGUGCUAAGCUUAGCACCUUGACAUGGGUCUGACAAAGCAGUAUCUACGCUACGUUGCCAGUGCAGUUUUUGGAGUAAUUGCAAGUCAGAAGGCAAAUAUUGUUUUUGUUCAGCUGCGAGGAGAGAAAGGUCGAUAUGUGGCUGUUGCUGCCUGUGAACAUGUAUUCAUUUGGGAUAUUCGAAAGGGAGAGAAGGUAUUGAUUCUUCAGGGCAUUAAACAUGAAGUAACUUACUUGUGCACCGCUCCUGAUGAACGUCACCUAGCGGUUGGAUAUGAAGAUGGCUCAAUCCGUAUCUUCAAUAUAAUGACUGGGGAGAGUAAUGUCACCUUUAAUGGGCACAAAGCAUCAGUGACAAUUCUCAACUAUGAUACCCUUGGAGCACGAAUAGUUUCAGGGUCAAAGGACACAGAAAUCAUCAUUUGGGAUGUUAUCAAUGAGAGUGGAUUGUACAGACUGAAGGGACAUAAAGAUGCCAUUACACACGCUGCAUUUCUGAAAGGCAGGAAUUUUCUGGUCUCAAGCUCCAAGGACACGUUUGUUAAGUGGUGGGACUUGGAUACACAGCAUUGCUUCCAGACCAUGGUCGGUCAUCGCAGUGAGGUGUGGGGUUUUGUGCUACUUACAGAUGAAAAGAGAAUAAUGACUGGAUCAUCUGACAGUGAACUGAGGGUGUGGGACAUCCAUUAUCUGGAUGAGGAGAAAGAAGCUGGGGAACCAAAUGUGAAAAGGACAAAGAGCCCCUUCGAAAAUACUGAAAUAACUGAAGAGGAAUUAACUGAAAAUCCAGAGGAGGUGGAUCCUAUUUCUAUGGUGAAAGAAGCUGGUUUGAAAGGUGCUGUCAAAGAAUCUUUGCGUAUACUGACGUGUCGAAAAAUUGGCUCUGUAUUUCGGGAGAGUAGGGAUCGUGUUGUUUCCUUAGCAACAGAUCUCAGUAACAAAAUUGUUGCUUGUCAUGGCACAGAUGGUGUUCUUGAGGUUUUUAAAAUUCUAAGUGAAGAGGAAGUGAAUAAAAAGAUUGAAAAGAAACAAAAAAAAGCAAAGAAAAAGGCAAAGCGAAAGGCUGAGACAGGGGAAUCUGACAUUGACUUGGAGCCUGCAGUGGAACGAACGCUAAAGGAUGAGAUUCAGAAAGUCACAAAUAUCAAAGCCUCAGGAAAAAUCAGAUCAUUCAACUUUCUUUUAUUGCCAAAUGGGGAGCUAAAGGUUGUGAUGCUGCUGCAGAACAACAGUGUUGAGGCUUACAGUCUGAAUCUAACAGUGCAAAUGCCAGAGUGCACAAAGAUGGCCAGAAUAACCAUUGCAGGUCACAGGACAGAUGCAAGAACCCUCGCCUUCAGUUCUGACAAUAUUGCAGUUCUCUCUGCUUCGUCUGAGACAGUCAAAAUAUGGAACAGAUCUACUCUGCAGUGUAUCAGGACCAUGGCUUGUGAAUACUCACUCUGCUCUCUCUUUGUUCCUGGGGAUAGACAAAUUAUCUUGGGAACUAAGUCUGGAAAGCUACAGCUCUUUGAUUUAGCUUCUGGGAAUUUGUUGGGGACUUUUGAUGCCCAUGACGGAGCAGUGUGGUCCAUAUCACUGGCACCAGACCAGCGUGGUUUUGUUACUGGAAGUGCUGACAAGAUGGUGAAAUUUUGGGAAUUUGAAUUGGUGAAGGAUGAAAGUUCUACACAGACCAGACUGACUUUGAAUCAUAUUCGCACUCUGCAGCUGGAUGAGGACAUCCUGUCUGUGUGUUACAGCCCUAAUCAGAGGUUGCUCGCAGUAUCGCUACUCGAUUGUACUGUUAAAGUAUUCUACACAGACACGCUGAAGUUUUUCCUGUCUCUUUAUGGGCACAAGCUACCCGUGCUCUGUAUGGAUAUCUCUUAUGACAGCAAUCUGAUAGCAACUGGGUCAGCUGAUAGGAAUGUCAAGAUUUGGGGAUUGGAAUUUGGUGACUGUCACAGGUCUCUAUUUGCUCAUGAAGACAGUGUAAUGUAUUUGAAGUUUGUACCAAAAACUCACCUCUUCUUUACUGCUGGGAAAGAUCGGAAGAUCAAACAAUGGGAUGCUGACAAGUUUGAGCACAUACAGACACUGGAAGGACAUCAUGGGGAGGUCUGGUGUUUGACCAUCAGCCCUAAUGGAGAUCAUAUAGUUUCUUCCUCUCAUGAUAAAUCUCUACGGCUGUGGGAGCGAACAAGAGAGCCGAUUAUUCUGGAGGAAGAGAGAGAAUUGCAAAGGGAGGCAGAAUUUGAAGAGAGUAUGGGAAAAGGAGAUGAACCUGUGGUUCCUGGAGAGAAAGAAGGGGAAGCAGGCUUAGCUGGGAAGAAGACUAUAGAGACCGUUAAAGCUGCUGAACGUAUUAUGGAAGCUAUUGAACUGUACAGGGAAGAGACCAAGAAACUGGAGGAAUACAGUAGUACCUGUAAACUCGCAGGCAAAAAGCUGCCACCACCUACGAACCCUAUACUGGCCGCGUAUGGAAACAUCUCUCCAUCCCGCUAUGUAUUGGAUGUUAUUCGGAAAGUCAAAUCAAGUGAAAUGGAGGAAUCCCUACUCGUCCUACCUUUUUCCUACAUUCCCGACCUGCUUACUUUAUUUAAUGAGUACAUUCAGCUUUCUCUAGAGGUUGAACUCAUUUGCCGUUGUCUUUUCUUCCUGCUGAGGAUUCAUUUUGGACAAAUCACAAGUAAUCAGAUGCUCCUUACAGUUAUUGACAGUUUGAGAAAAAACACAAUCGGAAAGAUCAAUGAAAUUAAGGAUGUCAUUGGCUUCAAUAUGGCUGGACUUCAAUUUUUACAAAGGGAAAUAGAAGCUAAAGAAGAUGUAACCUUUUUUGCUGAUGCAACUGAGAGAUUCAAAGAGAAGAAAAGGAAAAGAAAGAUACGAGAGAGGGCUGUUCUGAUGGUUGUCUAGGGUUCAUGCAAGGGUCUCCAAAUUUAAUUUGAUAUUGCACCAUAUAAUGUCACAAUACACUAAGGAAAGCUGGCACAACAGAAUUGAGAAAAAUGUACAUCUGAUCCAGAAACAUCAAAAAAUUGUAUUUUCCAUUUCACACUAUUCAUCCAAAUUUAUACCAUGUACAAUAUAACUGAGCUUUUAUGCAUUUAUUUGGAUUCUUCUGUAAUACAAACACCAGCUUAGCAGCUCACAUGUAAAUGUGGUUUAAUAAAUGCUUAGUUUUUUAA